AUGUUCGAUGUGAUGUUCCGUGGUAAAAUGGCCGGUAUUCGGAACCGUGAGAAUUUCACCGACGAAGAUCUAGAAGCAUGGAAACAUGUGUUUAGUCAAAAAGGCUCCUUGUUUAGGUGCCCUCCUGGACCAAUAAACUAUUACCGUAAUGUGCCGAACGCUCGUCCGCUCAAAGGUGAAGACCGCAUAUGUAAAGUUGAAUAUUGCCAGCACGGUCAGUUGAAGUUCAUCGAAGGUGCUUCUCACUGGGUGAUGCAGGACGAGCCCUCUCAAGUCAACCAAUUAGUGGAAGAGUUUCUUGCCACACCCAUUCGCGAACUAAUCACGCCUUCUCCGUCGAAGUAG